UUGCCUCGUACUUCCAACUUCACUCACUCUCAAGAUUCCCUCCUCCUUUCAUUUUACUUCUCUAAGUAUGUUAUAGAAACAGACAAAUAUUGUCUUUUCUUUAACUGAAUUUACUCUCACUAUAAAACAACUAACUCCAAAUCUUGAAUCUUUUUUAUUGGUUACAAGACACCCUUUAUAGUUUUCUUCUGUUUAGUUCUUUCAUUCUUUCAGUUUUGGGAUCUGGGAAGUUUUAGUUUGAAUCAAAUGGAGGGAGCUGCUGAUCAGGUAUUCAAUUCAUUGGAGCCAGAAUUUUCUGCUUCUUCACCAGUCACACGCCAAAAAGCAGCUGCAGCUAAGCAAAUCAUUGAGAAUCAUUACAAGAACUAUCUUCAAGGCUUGCAAGAUCGCAAAGAAAGGCGAAGAGCGUUGCAGAGGAAGGCGCAAGAAGCACAGAUACCGGAUGAUGAGCAAGAGAAGAUGCUGAGGAAUUUGGAGAAGAGGGAGACUGAGUUUAUGAGAUUGCAGAGGCAUAAAGUUGGAAUUGAUGACUUUGAACUGUUGACAGUCAUUGGUAAAGGCGCAUUCGGGGAGGUUAGACUGUGUCGAUUUAAAACUACUGGCGACGUUUUUGCCAUGAAGAAGUUGAAGAAAUCAGAGAUGCUUAGCCGAGGGCAGGUUGAGCAUGUUAGAUCUGAGAGGAAUUUGCUUGUAGAGGUUGAUAGUCGGUGCAUAGUGAAACUUUUCUAUUCUUUCCAAGAUUCAGAUUUCUUAUACCUUAUCAUGGAAUAUUUACCUGGAGGUGACAUUAUGACCUUACUGAUGAGAGAAGAUAUUCUUUGUGAAGAUGUUGCUCGGUUCUAUAUGGCAGAAAGUAUUUUAGCAAUUCAUUCUAUUCAUCAGCACAAUUAUGUGCACAGGGACAUUAAGCCAGAUAACCUUAUACUGGACAAAAAUGGACAUCUAAAGCUUUCUGAUUUUGGUUUAUGUAAACCACUGGAAAAUAAAUACUCAUCACUGUUGGAAGAUGAGGAUCUGACAACUCAGAACUCCUUAAGUGAGGCUGAUAGUGAUAAAGCUCCAUGGUUAAUGCAAAAAGAACAAUUACAACAAUGGAAACGCAACCGCCGUGCCCUGGCGUAUUCUACUGUGGGAACUCUUGAUUACAUGGCACCUGAGGUUUUGUUGAAGAAAGGAUAUGGAAUGGAAUGUGAUUGGUGGUCAUUGGGGGCAAUCUUGUACGAGAUGCUCGUAGGUUAUCCUCCCUUCUGCUCAGAAGAUCCAAGAUUCACAUGUCGCAAGAUUAUCAAUUGGAGAGCAUGCUUGAAAUUCCCGGAAGAACCAAAAGUAUCAGAUGAGGCUAAGGAUCUGAUAUGUCGUUUGUUGUGUGAUGUCGAAUCAAGAUUGGGAACCGGAGGAGUGGAGGAAAUAAAGGCUCAUCCUUGGUUCAAUGGAACUAAGUGGGAUGCACUUUAUGAAAUGGAAGCUGCCUACAGACCCAUUGUUACUGGAGAACUAGACACUCAAAAUUUUGAGAAGUUUGCUGAAGUAGAAGGUUCACAAUCAACAGCACCAAGAGUGGGACCCUGGCGAAAGAUGUUAACAUCAAAAGACUCCAAUUUUAUUGGAUAUACUUACAAGAAAUCAGACAUUCUUAAAUCAGCUGGAACUUCAGAGGGACAUCUUCAUCAUGCAGGGAUAGAUGCGAGUUCAAAUGGAUCGAAACCUCCUCCAUCUUUAGUGUCAUUAUUUGGCCGUGUAGAGUUGCAAGACACAAGAAAAGAGGACGACCAAAACAGGGACAGCUGACUUUGGAGUCCCCUUUGCAUGUCCUUUCUACUGAGGACAAGAAGCACAAAUUGCUUGUGUAUAAAAAUGGGAAUAAGCAGUCAGCAUUAAAUUUCUCAAAAUUUUUGAGUUUCAAUUUUGCCCUCUCUGGCUUUCACCAUGUAAUGGUAAAUGUACAGGAAAACAUAACCAUGGCUCAAUUUCAAUCAAAAACAUUUAUGGGAAAUAUCAGUUUUGCUUUAAA